AUGCCAGCAGCAGCAGCCGCGGUCGGACCUGCAGUAGCAGCCGCCGCCAGACCUGCAGCAGCUGCCGCGGCCCAGCCUACAGCAGCAGCCGCGGCAGAGCCUGCAGUCGCAGCCGCCGCCAGACCUACAGCAGCGGCCGCCGCCGACCCUGCAGCAGCAGCUGCCGCCGACCCUGCAGCAGCUGCCGCCGCCGAACCAACAGCAGCAGCCGCCGCCGGACCUACAGCAGCGGCCGCCGCCGACCCUGCAGCAGCUGCCGUCGCCGAGCCAGCAGCAGCAGCCGCCGCCGGACCUGCAGCAGCUGCCGCCGCCGAGCCUGCAGCAGCAGCCGCCGUUCGAGAAUACCACAGCAGCCGCCGCCGUCCCUGCAGCAGCGGCCGUUCCCGAGCCUUCAGCAGCUGCCACCGCCGUCACGACUACCUCGGCCCUGCCCUGCUAGAGCUGCACCCUCCUGUGCUAGCCUUCGAUGCUGAGGGCCGCCCAGUGAAGUUUGACACCUGGCUCGAUGACCUGCACCUCUUCCUACAGCUCACUGCCAAGGAGGACAUUUCACUGUACGAUCACGCCCUAGGCCAUGCUACUGCCCCUGACACUACUGCUGACAGCACUCUGCGCUCCCAGUGGCAGACCCGUGACGCGCACGCUCGCAACUCCCUACCGCUAGAUGAGCGCGAGCACUUCGGCCAGUGCAAGACUGCUAAGGAACUGUACACAGCCGUAGUUGCUCGUUACUCCUCACCUGCGUCUGCCGCACUAGGCCGCCUCUCACUGCCCUACCUGUUCCCCGACCUGGCCUCCUUUCACACUGUUGCUGACCUCAUCACCCACCUCAAGACUAGUGAGGCCCGCUUUCGCGCUGCUAUGCCUGCCGAGUUCCUUGCUAGCAACCCCCCCCCGCUCUGGCUCACUCUCUACCACAUUGUCACCCGCCUCCCUGACUCUCUGCGCACAGUCAGGGAUUCCUUUCUAGCUCGCUCCCCUACUGAGCUCACCAUUGCCCUCCUCGAGAAGGACCUACUUGCAGCUGAGGCGAGCAUCGUCGCCGUAGGUGCCUCUCGUGGCGAGCCCCGCACCCCCUUCUUUGAGGGGUGUUCCCCUUCCCCCCUUCUCCCCUCUGUCGCCUCUGCUUCUGCUGUCGACCUCCUUGGUGCUGAGAAGGUCGGGACCGCGUCUGCUUCGAGCGGGCGCCGCAGGACCAAAGGAGGCAAGGGUGGAGGAGGAGGCCGGGGAGGCGGGGGUGGAGGCGGUGGGAGUGGAGGAGGGGCUGGAGAGACUAGUGGCGGCAGUGGGGGUAGUGACGGCAGCGGCGGAGGCGGUGGCAGGGGCGGGGGCGGCAGCGGGGGCGGCGGUGGUCGUGGCAGCGGCAGGGGAGGGGGUGGUCGAGGAGGUGGCAGCGGCGGUGGUGGUCGUGGAGGCGCUGGCGGUGGUCCGAGCCAGCAGCACACUCCGUCGCUCCAGGAGGCCCGUGAGUGGUAUGCGCAGCGUGGGGGGGCGGGUGGCCUUAGCUGCACGUACGUCAUCCGCACUGGUGACCGCGCUGGUCAGACGUGUGGGAAGCCGCACCCCACGCCGCGCUGUUUCGCGCGCCUUGACGACGCUUGGCGCACUCAGUUCCCUGACGGCAAUGAGCUGCCCCGCUGGUUUGAUCUGGAGAAGAAGGGAGUUGAUAUCUGGGCUCUAGACUUUGAUGCUAUUCUCACUGCCAUGUAUGCUAUGUUUACUAGUGGAGAGGGUGCUCAGUACUUGCGUGUUCCGCCCGACCCGGGCAUUCUGACCAGUGAGGCUGCUGCUCUAGGUGCUAGUGCGUCUGCAGCUCCAGGUGCUCGCGUGUCUGCUACCCCAGGUGAUGGUGAGGCUGCCGCUCUAGGUGCUGGUGAGUCUGUCUCCCCUGGUACUGAGUCGACUGAGGCACUGCACACCUUCACACUGGACUCAGGUGCUUCUCGCUGUUUCUUUCGAGACCGCACUGCCCUUGAGCCACUCGCUCGGCCAGUUGCUGUCUCCCUCGCUGACCCCUCUGGGGGUCCGGUCAUUGCGACCUCCUCCACUGUUCUUCCCUGUCCUGCGGUCCCGUCUGGCACACUGUCUGGUCUCUACCUCCCCUCGUUCUCUACGAACUUGGUGGCGGGUCGUGCGCUCCAGGACGGGGGUGUUCACCAGUUCACCCCUGCCUACGAGCGCGUGACACACUGCACGUGUGCUCGGACGGGCCGUCACCUGGCUACCUUCACUCGGGAGCCGGGGUCGGACCUGUACACACUGACCACUGAGUCCCCUCAGGUAGCUGCGUCUGCGUCUGCGUCAGGUCAGCUGUCCGCCCCCUGCUCGUGUCGCUCUCUGGCGCAUGAGACUGUCCUCUGGCACCACCGCCUUGGUCACCCGUCUGUGCAGCGCCUUCGGGCCAUGCACAAACGGGACCUUGUUGCUGGUCUUCCCAGGGUUCUCCCUCCCCUCCCACCCUCGCCUGCUCCUCCCUGUCUUCCCUGUGUCGAGGGGCGGCAGCGCGCCGCUCCUCACUCCUCCUCCUUUCCCCCGACGACUGCUCCUUUGCAGACACUCCACAUGGACGUGUGGGGCCCAGCCCGCGUCCGUGGACAGGGUCAGGAGAGGUACUUCCUGAUUGUUGUUGACGACUUCUCGCGCUACACCACGGUCUUCCCCUUGCGCGCCAAGGGUGACGUCCCUGAUGUCUUGAUCCCUUGGAUCCGCAGAUCUCAUCUCCAGCUCAGCAAGCGUUUCCACUCCGACUUUCCUGUCCUGCGUCUGCACUCUGACAGAGUCCGAUACACUGCGCAUCAGCUCAACCUCUGGCCCCGAGUCUCCCUCCCGGAGACUUCUCCGACCCUGCGUUGGACGGGAGAGGCUGGCGAUGCGUCGCGUUUUCGGGUCUGGGGAUCCCGAGCUUUUGUUCGCGACACGUCCGCGGACAAGCUCUCCCGUCGCGCUGUCCCCUGUGUCUUCCUUGGCUUUGUCCCGGACGCCCCUGGUUGGCAGUUCUACCACGCCACCUCGCGUCGUGUCCUGGCCUCUCAGGACGUCACUUUUGACGAGUCCGUCCCCUACUACCGCCUCUUCCCCUACCGCACUGCCCCGCUCCCCCCCUCGCCUCUCUUCCUCGCUCCAGGUGCUGAGGUACCAGACCCCCUCCCCCCUCAGGGUGCCGCUCCCUCAGGUGUGUCCCAGGUAGACCCGGGUGAGCCUGUCGAGGUAGCUGUCGACUCUCGUCCUGCUAGGGGUGCUGAGUCUGGGGGUGCUGAGCCUGGGGGUGCUGCGUCUGGGGGUGCUGAGCCUGGAGGUGCUGAGUCUGGAGGUGCGGAGCCUGGGGGUGCUGAGCCUGGAGGUGCGGAGCCUGGAGGUGCGGAGCCUGGAGGUGCUGAGCCUGGGGGUGCUGAGUCUGGGGGUGCUGAGUCUGGGGGUGCUGAGCCUGAGCGUGCUACACCUGGAGGAGCCCUCUCCUCCCGGCAGCUGCAGGAGAGGUACCUACAGUACUGCCGCCUCCGGAGAGGUGCUACUGGAGCUCGUACCAGUACUUCCCCUCCUGCCCAGGAGCUCCCCCCCAUUCAGCAGAUCCGAGAGUGGUACACGCGGCGCUGCAGUCUUCGGAGUGGUGCUCCUGGUGCUGCGGACCCUGGGGGUGGCGCUGCUACUGGUGCUGAGGACCCGGGCGUUGGAGCUGCUGCUGGUGCUGAGGACCCGAGCGGUGGAGCUGCUGCUGGUGCUGAGGACCCGGGCGUUGGAGCUGCUGCUGGUGCUGCGGACCCGAGCGGUGGCGCUGCUGCUGGUGCUGAGGACCCGGGCGUUGGAGCUGCUGCUGGAGCUGAGGACCCGGACGGUGGAGCUGCUGCUGGUGCUGAGGACCCGAGCGGUGGAGCUGCUGCUGGUGCUGAGGACCCGGACGUUGGAGCUGCUGCUGGUGCUGAGGACCCUGCCGCUGGUGUCUCUGCUGGUUCUGGAGACGCUGCGCGGCCGCGACCGUACUUCGUACCACUUCUUCAGCAGGUUCUUGGUCAGGCUCCUCCUCCUUGUCCUCCUCCCUCCGUAGAGUGUCCUCCACCUGUCCAGUCGCAGUCACAGUUACCGCCUGCCUCGCCUCUCCCUGGUCCCUCUCCUUACACUGGUCCCACAGGAGGUCUUGCAGAGCGUCGUGAGCCUGCGUCUCGCCCUGCGUCGCCUGUUCGUACUGCUCGCACUGGUCGUCGUGUCCCACGUGAGCGUCCUCCUCCUGUCCCUGGCACUCACUACAUGACACUGCGUCGCUCCACUGCUCCUCAGCGUGUCCCGCUGCCAUCUCCUCCUGCGUCCUCUCUGCCUACUCUUCCUGACCCGGAGUCUGACGCCCGUCGUGCUGCCAGUCCCACUGUCACCCGUCUUCUCGCCACUGUUGUCACUGACCCUACCUUUGAGUCCUCUGCUGCGUCUGCUCUGGUCGCUGAGUUGAUAGACUUUGCUGCCCGGUGUCGUCUAGACUACGCCGCUAGCCUUGUUGCUGAGUCUGAGUCCGAGUCGGUCUGUCCUUCGUCCGUCGGGGGUGUGUGUGCUCUUGGCACGGACGUCCUUGAAGACAGGCAGGAGGAGUUCAAGUGCUUUGCUGCUUCUUUGCCCCAUCUCGUGUCCAUGCUAGUUGCCCCUGAGGGAGACCCGGAUGCACCAGACAUCCCGACCCCGCGCACUUACGCUGAGGCGAUGGCGGGUCCCUACUCUCAGUGGCAGACAGCCAUGGACGCAGAUAUGGCAUCCUGGAAGUCCACAGGCACCUACGUCAACGAGGUUCCCCCACCUGGGGCGAACAUCGUCAGUGGCAUGUGGAUUUUCAGGGUGAAGCGGCCACCGGGUUCUCCUCCUGUCUUCAAGGCGCGCUACGUGGCUCGAGGCUUCAGUCAGCGAGAGGGAGUCGACUUCUUCCAGACCUUCUCCCCCACCCCGAAGAUGACCACUCUUCGGGUGCUGCUGCACAUAGUCGCUCAGCGCGACUACGAGCUUCACUCACUUGACUUCAGCACUGCUUUCUUGCAGGGCAGCCUGCACGAGGAGAUAUGGCUGCGCCGCCCUCCUGGCUUCACUGGGUCGGUUCCUCCUGGUACCCAGUGGAGGCUCCAGCGGCCGGUCUACGGUCUCCGCCAGGCACCGCGUGAGUGGCACGACACACUGAGGACGACACUUGCGGCUCUUGGGUUCGCUCCCUCUACUGCUGACCCGUCACUGUUUCUACGCACAGACACCUCGCUGCCGCCGUUCUACAUCCUCGUGUACGUUGACGACUUGGUCUUUGCCACUGCUGACACCGCGGCACUCGCCCACGUGAAGUCGGAGCUGCAGAGGAGACACACGUGCACAGACCUGGGUGAACUGACGAGCUAUCUUGGCUUGCGGAUCACCCGGGACAGAGCACGGCGCACCAUCACCUUGACUCAGUCACACAUGGUGCAGCAGAUCCUCCAGCGCUUCCGCUUCACGUACUCCUCGCCUCAGUCCACUCCUCUGCGUACCGGUCACUCGCUCUCAGCUCUGCCUUCGGAUGAGUCCGUAGAGCCGAGUGGCCCGUAUCCAGAGCUUGUGGGCUGCCUCAUGUACCUGAUGACCUGCACUCGACCUGACCUGGCAUACCCUCUUAGCAUCCUUGCACGCUAUGUCGCUCCUGGCCGUCACAGGAAGGAGCACAUGGAUGCCGCUAAGAGGGUGUUGCGCUACUUGUGCAGUACGUCGGGCAUGGGGCUAGUGCUUGGAGGGCGGGACCGAGUUGUACUCACAGGACACUCAGACGCUUCUUGGGCGGACAACCAGGCUACUCAGCGGUCGUCUCAGGGUUACACCUUCAGCCUUGGCUCUGGCUCAGUUUCUUGGCGUUCCACACGCUCUUCUUCUGUUCUCAGCUCCAGUUGUGAGGCUGAGAUCUACGCCACAGCCAUGGCUGCCCAGGAGCUACGCUGGCUGACCUACCUGCUGACCGACCUGGGAGAGCGGCCUCGUUCUCCUCCAGUGCUGUACGUCGACAACAAGGCUGCCAUUGCCUUGUGUGAGGAGCACAGACUGGAGCACAGAACGAAGCACAUCGCCCUGCGGUACUUCCUUGCUCGAGAGCUGCAGCAGCGCGGUCAGCUUUGUCUGCGUUACGUGGCCACUGAGGCCAACACUGCUGAUGUGUUCACCAAGGCGCUUCAGCCUUGUGACCAUCAGCGCUUCUGCACUCUGUUAGGCCUUGUGCCUACUGGACCUCACUUGCUUACUUCUUGA